CAUAAGUUCCAGGCACAGUUUUCAAUGGAGGAAGGCAAGAAGCAUGGGGGAAAAUAUCAUCAAUUCGUGAUGAGUAAGAGAUACUUACAGAAAGCAACAAAAGGAAAACUGCUAAUUAUAAUAUUUAUUGUAACCUUGUGGGGGAAAGUAGUAUCCAGUGCAAACCAUCAUAAAGCUCAUCAUGUUAAAACGGGAACUUGUGAGGUGGUGGCACUCCACAGAUGCUGUAAUAAGAACAAGAUAGAAGAACGGUCACAAACUGUCAAAUGCUCCUGCUUCCCGGGGCAGGUGGCCGGCACCACGCGAGCUGCUCCAUCUUGUGUGGAUGCUUCAAUAGUAGAGCAGAAAUGGUGGUGCCAUAUGCAGCCAUGUCUAGAGGGAGAAGAAUGUAAAGUUCUUCCUGAUCGGAAAGGAUGGAGCUGUUCCUCUGGGAAUAAAGUGAAAACUACUAGACAUGACCAGUCAAGGUCGCUGUGCAAGGCUGAGUCUAUUCAGCUUGUCAAGGUCCCACGAGGCUUUCUAAAUUUAGUAUCAUCCUCCCCUUUCUUCUGCACUGUGGUCACUUAUGCUAAUCUCUAUAAAUGUACACCAUGUCCAAGGCAUGAUGAAUGCUUAUAUGGUGUACUCAGCUCUUCCUGA